AUGAUCUCGGGCUCAAGGCUUCAUCUCAUUUCCACACGUGCCUGUCCCGGCUUCCCUUUGCAGAGUCUGAUCAUGUUGGGCGACUUUAUCCUGGAGACGGUGGCGACUUGUUUCGCUUUCCUUUUCAUGACCUCCCCCUUGACACAGACUAUUGACGUCAUCGCGACCCCUGCAAAGGUGCAGAACGUUAAUCCAGUGAAUCUGCUCUGCUUCUUCCUGAACUGUGCGACACAACUUGGCUAUGGGAUUUUCAUGCCUGUUAACCAGGUGAUCCCUUGCAAUGCCUAUGGUGUGGCUGUGGGUUUCUUUAGCAUCAUCACUUGCUGGUGUCUUGCACGGCGUGAUGAGAAGGCUGAGCGUUGGAAGCUUUGCUUUCUUUCAGAGCAGUCCCCCCAAUUCCCCAUUUUUCACUUAGGCCGUUGCCUACUUCACCCCAAACAAGAUGAACCAUGA